UUUUCUGUGUGACGAUAAAAAUUAUUUUCCUAUUAUAAGUGACGAAGCCAGUGGUCAUGGCGGAUACACUAGAUCCACUAUCUCCGAGCAUCAACAGUCCUCGAGUGCCAGGUCUCAUGCAUAAACUCAGGAUGAGGUUUGGCAGAUCACCUCCUCCAAGACCACCAGGAGAAGGAUAUGUGGAAUUUGGUGAGUUCAGGACGGAGGCACCAGGAGUCAAGAAAGUUGGGACAUUUGCAGGUGUCUUCUGUCCUGUCGUACUGUCCAUGUUCAGUGCUCUUGUCUUCAUACGGAUGGGUUACCUGGUGGGCAAUGCAGGUCUGUUGGUGACAUUAGGUCAGUUUGCACUAGCUUAUCUGAUAGUCAUCUUCACGGUGACAUCUAUAUGUGCGAUAUCAACCAAUGGAGCGGUUGAAGGAGGAGGUGUCUAUUUUAUGAUAAGUAGAACAUUAGGUCCAGAAUUCGGUGGCGCGAUCGGGACACUAUUCUUCUUCGCUAACGUGGUGUCCAGUGCGCUUUGCAUAUCUGCCUGCACUGAAGCAUUGGUAGAGAACUUUGGAGCUAAUGGCUACCUGAUCGGGUCGAGCGGUGGCCUGCCAACAAGCUGGUGGUUCAGCUUCCUAUACCGGUCGGUGCUGAACGCGCUCGGGCUGGCAGUAUCGCUUGCGGGCGCGUCACUCUUCGCCCGCACCAGCCUCGCUAUCUGGUUCACUGUGCUUGUCUGUCUCGCCAGCGCCUUCAUCAGCUUCUUUGUCACCAGUCCCGGAAUGAUAGAAAAACCGGAUACGAACGAGCUGGUGAACACAACAUCGUUUCAAUACACCGGCCUGUCUAAAGAGACGCUGUACAGCAAUAUAUAUCCAUCCUACGGCCGUGACUACAGCACCACUGCUGGUGAUAGAGUUGACUUCGCCUCUGUCUUCGGUGUGCUGUUUACUGGUGUUACUGGUGUCAUGGCGGGAGCUAAUAUGAGUGGUGAGCUGAAGCAGCCUUCCCGCAGCAUCCCAGCAGGCACGCUAUGGGCGCUGCUGUUCACAGCACUCUGCUACACCGCACUGACGCUGCUGUCUGCUGCCACCUGCUCCAGAGAAUUGUUGCAGAAUAAUUACGUUUAUUUACUGCCUAUUAAUGUGUGGCCGCCGUUUAUUGCUGUUGGUAUGUUGCUGGCAACAUUCUCCGCUGGUCUGUCAAACUUGAUCGGAGCAUCAAGAGUUUUAGAAGCUUUAGCCAAAGAUGAUAUUUAUGGUUUUCUCCUCCGACCAAUGGUGUCACGUAGUGGCAACCCCGUGGUGGCAGUGCUGACGUCAUGGCUCCUAGUGCAGAUUGGCAUCAUGGCGGGAUCAUUGAAUGCCAUCGCUCAAGUGAACUCUGUACUGUUCAUAACGAGUUACUUCGCCAUUAACUUGGCCUGUCUCGGUCUGGAUCUAGCUUCCGCUCCUAAUUUUAGGCCAUCAUUCAAGUACUUCUCGUGGGUGUCAGCACUGCUGGGCAUGGCGGGCAGUGCUGGCCUGGUGUUCGGUCUGCGGCCCACGUACGCGGCGGGGGCGGCGCUCGCCUGCACCGCGCUGGUGCUGGCUCUGCAUCUGCUCUCGCCUGCAGCAGCUGACCCCAAGUGGGGCAGCCUCAGUCAGGCGCUCAUAUUCCAUCAGGUGCGCAAGUACCUGCUGCUGCUGGACCCUCGGAGAGAACACGUCAAGUUCUGGAGGCCGCAGAUGUUGCUGCUGGUCAGCUCGCCGCGUCACGCCGCACCACUCAUUGACUUUGUUAAUGAUCAGAAGAAGGGAGGUUUGUUUGUGAUCGGUCACGUGAGAGUUGGGGAGCUAGACGGAAGCGGAGACCCCCUGGCUGAGGAACACAAGUACUGGCUCAAGCUGAUUGACCAUUUGAAGGUGAAAGCGUUCGUGGAGCUGUGCCUGGCGCGGUGCGUGCGGGAGGGCGCGGCGCAGCUCACGCGGCUGGCGGGGCUCGGCGCCAUGAAGCCCGACACCGUGCUGCUCGGCUUCCGAGACGACCAUCCUCACACUGACUUCUUCAGAGAUCCUCAGUCACCAUACAAGACAUGCGAGUUUGAACUGGAGGGGGGCGAGCAGGUGUUCCCCUGGAGGGGGGUUCAGACACGACCCUCAGCUGCGGAGUACGUACGUAUUGUACGUGACGUGCUCUGCGUCGGCAAGAAUGUGUGUCUCUGCAGACACUUUCAUAUGCUGGAUAUGGCUGCGGUAGAACGGAGGUCAGGCCACUUGAAAUACAUAGAUGUGUGGCUUGUGGAGCCCUGGCGUGCCUCCUGUGAGGACGCGUUCACAGUACGAGCGUUGUUCGCGCUACAACUGGCGGCUGUAGUGCGCUCAGCACGCGGCUGGCAACAUCUACGUCUGCGUGUACACCAUGCACCACCCACCACAGGUGUGAUGGUUGCAGAGGGCGGUGUGUCAUGGUGCGCCUCCCCCGCAGCAGCCCCCGGCCUGCCCGCACAAGCUGCUCCAGGCAGACCUGUACACGACCGGCUAGAACAACUCCUCACUUUGUUGAGGAUCGAUGCUUCUAUACAUUGCGCAUCCGACUGGCCAGCACUGGAAGAGUCAGGUCGCUGGCAGGACAGUAGUGAUGAGAACAGUGUACUCAACAGGAUACCUAUGAACUACUUGAAUAAGUAAGUUACAUAUCAAACCAG